AUCUUCUUCCUAGAAAUUUCUUCCUUGAAGCCAUUCAACGAAUUCUCCCACAUGUUAGGCAGAGGGGCAAUAUGGUCAUAUGAGUCUCAUCAUCACCAUGGCAAUCAAAAUUGCUCUGCUACUGGUUCGUACCAGGAAGGUGGCAAGAAUCUUGUAAUCUGAAGGGUCAAAGCUCCGAAGAUGAGAAAAAAAAUAGUCUCUAUUUUUUUCUUUUUUUGAAUGGUCAAUAAAACGAGGCACAAAAUGUCUCUUGACAAAAUGGACUCGGCAUUGACAAACUCUCCCCCAUAAAUUCAUAAUUUUCCUCCCGGCUCAUAGUGUAAAAUAAAGACUCGAAAUAACGAAUGGUUUCUAGAAAAGGUGCAUGUUGAAAAUUCAUUGGCCGCCGGACUGUGCUAUAUAUAUGCGCUGCAAGUCUCUGUUUCUUCAAUGCUCCUUCACCACACGAAGGUAGAAAUAGAGACAGAGACAGAGCUGUAUUUAGGAAAAGAGAUAAAGCUUUGGAUCUCUCUGUUUCUCUGAGCAAGAGGCACAAAGGCGGUUCAUAUACAGAAAUACCCAUCUCCGAUUUUAAGCUUUUCCAGAUCGAAAGUCUCUUUUUUGUUUUGGCUUGUUUGGCUUCAGAUUGAGGAAAAAAAAUUCUGGGUUUUGGUGGGUUUUAAGUUUUAAUCGGCGGUGUGCGUAGUAUCUUCUGUCCAGGUUAAAAUGGACGGCGAAAUUCAUAGAGUAGGCAGUCUGAGAAGGAACAGUUCAGCAUGGAGGAGCAGUGGUGUGGAAGUUUUCUCCCAGUCCUCUAGGGAAGAAGAUGAUGAAGAAGCUCUGAAAUGGGCCGCCCUCGAGAAACUUCCCACUUACAAUCGAUUGAGAAAAGGGCUGCUGAUGGGAUCAAAGGGUGCUGCUGAUGAGAUUGAUAUUACGGACCUCGGGGUCUUUGAAAAGAGGAAUUUGAUGGAGAGGCUGGUGAAAGUUGCUGAAGAAGAUAAUGAGAAGUUCUUGUUAAAGCUCAAGAAUCGCGCAGACAGAGUUGGAAUUGACAUGCCAACAAUCGAAGUGAGGUUUGAGCAUCUACAUAUUGAGGCAGAAGCUUUUGUAGGAAGCAAUGCUUUGCCUUCAUUCAUUAACUUCUCAUUUGGUCUGGUGGAGGGUAUCUUAAACGGGCUCCAUAUUCUUCCAAGCAGAAAGAAACAUCUGACUAUUCUUCAUGAUGCUAGUGGAAUCAUCAAGCCUCGCAGAAUGACACUGCUUUUAGGUCCUCCAAGUUCUGGAAAGACCACACUGAUGUUGGCUUUGGCUGGAAAGCUUGAUCCCAGUCUACAGUUCUCAGGGAGGGUUACUUACAACGGGCAUGGCAUGAAUGAGUUUGUACCCCAGAGAACUGCUGCUUACAUCAGUCAGCAUGAUCUCCAUCUAGGAGAAAUGACUGUCAAAGAAACUUUGGCCUUCUCUGCGAGAUGCCAGGGGGUUGGAUCCCGUUAUGAGAUGUUGGCGGAAUUAUCUAGGCGAGAAAAAGCAGCAAAUAUCAAGCCUGAUCCUGAUAUUGAUGUCUUCAUGAAGGCAGCAGCAUCGGAAGGUGAGGAGGCAAACAUUGUCACAGAUUAUAUUUUAAAGAUUUUAGGGCUGGAAGUGUGUGCAGACACCCUGGUGGGAGAUGAAAUGUUAAGGGGUAUAUCUGGGGGACAAAAGAAACGUGUUACAACAGGUGAGAUGCUAGUGGGACCGGCAAAGGCAUUGUUCAUGGAUGAGAUAUCGACUGGUUUAGAUAGCUCCACAACUUUCCAAAUUGUGAAUUCCCUCAAGCAAUCUGUCCACAUUCUCAAUGGAACUGCUCUCAUCUCCCUCCUCCAGCCGGCACCCGAAACUUAUAAUCUCUUUGAUGACAUUAUUCUCCUCUCUGAUGCCCACGUUGUGUAUCAAGGUCCUCGUGAAGAAGUGCUUGAUUUUUUUGAAUUCAUGGGCUUCAAAUGUCCUGAUAGGAAAGGGGUGGCCGACUUCUUGCAAGAAGUGACAUCAAAGAAAGAUCAGAAGCAGUAUUGGACACGUAAAGACGAACCUUAUCGAUUUGUAACGUCUAAGGAAUUCGCUGAAGCCUUCCAGUCAUUCCAUGUUGGAAAGGCAGUUGCAGAUGAGCUUGCAACCCCAUUUGACAGGACCAAAAACCACCCGGCUGCUUUGACAACCACGAAGUAUGGUGUUAAGACAGAGGAGCUCCUAAAAGCUUGCGCUUCUCGAGAACUCUUGUUAAUGAAGAGAAACUCAUUCGUCUACAUCUUCAAGCUGUCGCAGCUUACAGUAAUGGCGUUGAUUGCAAUGACACUCUUCUUUCGCACUAAGAUGGACAAAGAUUCAACAGAUGGUGGGGGAAUUUAUGCUGGUGCUCUGUUCUUUGGUGUAGUCAUGGUCAUGUUUAAUGGAUACUCAGAGAUAGCCAUGACCAUUCAAAAGCUUCCUGUCUUUUACAAGCAAAGGGACCUUUUCUUCUUUCCUGCAUGGACUUAUGCUCUCCCUGGAUGGAUCCUCAAGAUCCCUAUCACAAUUUUGGAGGUCGCUGUUUGGGUAGGCUUGACUUACUAUGUUAUGGGAUUUGAUCCAAACGCUGGAAGAUUUUUUAGACACCUCCUUGUACUCACAGUUAUUAGCCAAAUGGCUUCUGGAUUGUUUCGGUUUAUCGGAGCAGUCGGCAGAAACAUGAUUGUUGCCUACACAUUUGGCUCGUUUGCAUUGCUCGUACUCUUUGCAUUGGGUGGUUUUGUCCUUUCACAAGAUGAUGUCAAGAAGUGGUGGAUAUGGGGUUUUUGGAGUUCACCUAUGAUGUAUGGGCAGAAUGCAAUAUUAGUAAAUGAGUUCCUUGGGCACAGUUGGAAAAAGGUUCUUCCGGAUUCUCCGAAACUACUGGGAGUUAGAGUUUUGGAAUCUGGUGGAUUCUUCACUGAUUCAUACUGGUAUUGGCUUGGAUUGGGAGCAUUGCUUGGGUUUGUGUUGGUAUUCAACUUCCUUUCCACAGUGGCUCUCUCUAUUCUUUCCCCAUUUGACAAGCCUCGUGCAGUUAUGCCUGAUGAAAAUCAAGGAGGACAGCAUGAUAGCGGAACUGUAGAAUUAGUUUCUCAAGGGAAUGACUCUGUUAGCCAAACUGUCUCCGGAGAUAGAGGAGACGAAAUUAGGAGGAGCAGUGUCUCAACUGGGUCUGCGUCUGCAAGGACUGAUGCUAUAGUUGAGGCUGAUCAAAACAAGAAAAAGGGAAUGGUUCUUCCUUUUGAACCACAUUCCAUUACCUUUGAUGAAGUUAGAUAUUCUGUUGACAUGCCACAGGAAAUGAAAAACCAGGGCGUCCCUGAAGAUAGAUUGGUGCUUCUGAAAGGAAUAAGUGGUUCUUUCAGGCCCGGUGUUCUUGCAGCUUUAAUGGGUGUUAGUGGGGCUGGUAAAACCACUCUGAUGGAUGUUUUAGCUGGUAGAAAAACAGGUGGAUAUAUUGAGGGGAACAUCACAGUUUCUGGGUAUCCAAAGAAGCAAGAAACAUUUGCUCGCAUUUCUGGUUAUUGUGAGCAAAAUGACAUUCACUCUCCUCACGUAACUAUCUACGAGUCCUUGGUUUACUCAGCUUGGCUUCGGUUACCUUCUGACGUCAAUUCUGAAACUAGAAAGAUGUUCAUUGAGGAAGUCAUGGAACUUGUGGAAUUGGAUGUUUUGAGGGAUGCACUAGUUGGGUUACCUGGUGUGAAUGGCCUCUCAACAGAGCAGCGCAAAAGGCUGACAAUUGCAGUUGAGCUAGUCGCAAACCCAUCUAUUAUAUUCAUGGAUGAGCCAACAUCAGGGCUAGAUGCAAGAGCUGCUGCAAUUGUAAUGAGAACAGUUAGGAACACCGUGGACACAGGAAGGACAGUUGUAUGCACCAUCCAUCAGCCAAGCAUUGACAUUUUUGAAGCCUUUGAUGAGCUGUUCCUAAUGAAACGAGGAGGAGAAUCGAUUUACGUUGGGCCACUGGGUCGGCAUUCUUGCCAUCUCGUUAAAUAUUUUGAGGCAAUCGAAGGAGUCAGUAAAAUUAAAGAUGGAUAUAACCCAGCGACCUGGAUGUUGGAAGUCACAUCUUCCGCACAAGAAACGAAUUUGGGAGUAAACUUUGCUGAAGUAUACAAAAAUUCUGAAUUAUGCAGGAGAAACAAAGCCAUGAUAGAAGAAUUGAGCAAACCUCGUCCUGGUUCAAAAGACCUUGAUUUCCCUACUCAAUUCUCCCAGCCUUUCUUCACACAAUGCAUGGCUUGCCUGUGGAAACAACGCUUGUCAUAUUGGCGCAACCCGCCAUACACUGCAGUGAGGUUUCUCUUCACAACCUUCAUAGCUUUGAUGUUUGGGACGAUGUUUUGGGACCUUGGUGGCAAAACGGAAAGGCGACAGGAUCUGGCAAAUGCAAUGGGUUCAAUGUAUACAGCCGUUCUCUUCCUUGGUGUUCAGAAUGCGCAAUCCGUGCAGCCAGUUGUGGCUGUUGAGCGAACGGUCUUUUACAGAGAAAAAGCUGCUGGAAUGUAUUCAGCAUUGCCUUACGCCUUUGCACAGAUCGCAGUUGAGAUCCCCUACAUCUUUACACAAGCUGCAGUCUAUGGGCUUAUAGUGUAUGCAAUGAUUGGAUUUGAAUGGACUGCUGCUAAAUUCUUCUGGUAUCUGUUCUACAUGUACUUCACAUUUUUGUACUUCACCUUCUAUGGCAUGAUGGCUGUAGCUGUCACACCAAACCACAACAUUGCUGCUAUAGUUUCUGCUGCAUUCUUUUCCCUAUGGAAUCUCUUUUCUGGAUUUAUAAUUCCGCGACCGAAAAUGCCGGUGUGGUGGAGAUGGUAUUACUGGGCAUGUCCUGUUGCUUGGACCUUGUAUGGAUUGAUUGUUUCACAGUACGGGGAUUUAACAGAUGUGUUGACCGACAGGAAUCAACCUGUUAAUGAGUUUCUUAGAGAAUAUUAUGGGUUCAAACAUGAUUUUCUUGGUGUGGUUGCGGCUGUGGUUGUCGUGUUUACAGUGCUCUUUGCUUUUAUAUUUGCUUUCUCCAUAAAAGUAUUCAAUUUCCAGAGGCGAUAAGAAGUCGAGUCAUUUUGGUGCAUAUGCAGAGUUUCUGUGGUGAACCACAUCCUGCUGGUAACCAAUAAGCAAUUGAAGUGUCUGUAUUACACGUUGAGAGGAUGUUGGUAUUAGCUGCGCUGUGCAAAGCAGCUCUUUGAUUAGUUCUUCAUACAUUUCAUGAUCUUGUAAUAUUAUUACUGUUAUUAUAAUUAUCUUGGUUUCAUUUAUAAAACAAAGCUCUAGCAAUUCUUUCA